UUGUUUGGAAAGAAGGCCAUUUGGGUCAUAUUUCAGUAGGCAAUCCCUUUUACUGCAAUAUAGGCAAUUUCUAUGCAGCCAUAUGAGAGAUCAGGGGAGACUUCGCUAAGGGUCGGCUCAGGACCUUUGCUUGUCCAACACAGUGCAUUCUCAACUUGAGUACACGUGCUUUCUUUCCUCUUUCCUUUACCUCUUUUUAUCUUUACUUCCAUGCAUGGAAUUCUUCUCCUAAAUAUAGUGAACUUGUAGUUGUGGGGGGAGAGAGAGAAAGAAACAAAGAAAUAGUCACUUGCUUUCUGUCUCUCUCUCUUGGUAUUUCUUCUUUGGCUUUGUUCAUUGCCAUCAUUUGCAACAAAGGCAACAGACCCACAAGCUCUCCCAAUUUGAUCUUCUUUUUUUUUUUUUCUCUUGAAAAUUUCAACUGCACAAGAAGUUAAAUAAGCUAGUAGAUAUUCACUUCUAGGCCUCUGUUUUUGUUCAUCUCCCUCUUUUCUCUACAUCUAGGUCUUUUUCUUGCUCCAAAGUUCUCUGAUAUCUGAGAUAGAUUCUUGUCGAAUCACCUCAGGAAUAUGAACUGACUUAAUUUACUCUCAAGAUUUGAACUUUCAUCUUGUUUUUCUGAUUUGGGUCUCCAACUAAUUGUCUUCUUACUGGGGGAUCCUCUCUUUCAUUACCAUUUUGGCCUCCAGUUUUAGUGUAAUUGAAGCAUUGUUUCAAGUUCUUUGAUCAGAUUUGAAGUUUCCAUUUACUUGUACGAUUUGUUUCUCUUCUUUCUUCAAUUUCGGUGAUUCAAAUUCAUGGAAGAAGACCAACAAUUCAAACAUGUGUGCAAGUUCUGCUGCAAGAGCUUCUCUUGUGGUAGAUCCUUGGGUGGUCACAUGAGGUCUCACAUGAUUAAUGAUAUUACAGCUCAAGCUGAUGGUACUAAGCUCACCAAGAAAAAGCUCCCAUCUCUCCCCAGCAAUAAUGGAGCUAAUAACAAUACAACUAGCAGCGAAACUACCGGUUAUGGUCUCAGAGAAAAUCCAAAGAAGACUUGGAGACUUGCAAAUCAUUCAAGUGAAGAUACUUCACUCCUUGACAAAUCCUGCAAAGAGUGUGGCAAAGUAUUCCAAUCUUGGAAAGCUUUGUUUGGUCACAUGAAAUAUCACUCGCUAGAGAAAGAAAAAGUGCCCAACAAUAACAGCCUGGAGGAGCAGCAAGAUUCUUGGACCAGUGCUAAUAACCAAAAGCUGGUCAUGGACAGCCAAUCUGACAAUGAAACUGCUGCUCCUAGUCGAAGAAAGAGAUCAAAAAGGAGAAUAAGGUACAUGGGUGCUGCAAAUUCUUCUUCUCUGUCUUUUGCUAAUAAUGCUUCCUCCUCUGUUUCUGAAAUUGAUCAAGAACAAGAAGAGGUUGCUAUGUGCUUGAUGAUGCUUUCUAGGGAUGUUGGUCUGUGGGAUGGCUUGAAUUCUGUUGCUGAGUCCUCCGAUAACAAUUCUGUGUUUCUUGAAACUAAUUUGGGUAGUUCAAAAACUGAAAAUAAGCCUUCUAUUUGUGUUGGUACUGAGACUGUGAAAGUGAAAAAACUUGGUGAGAAGUUGGAGAUUGACGAAUUUGAGGAUUAUGAUGAUUUCAAAGUUGAAAACAGAAAAUCAGAAUUCUCUGCUUCAAGGAUUUCAAGAAAAAGGUUUACCAAGAAUGAUAAAGCCAAGAAGUCUGAGCUAGAUGAUGAAUGUGAAGCUGAAAAUUCUGGAGUUAAAUUGGGCAAGAAUUUGACCAAGGAAACUGGUUUGGAUCAAGCUAAAAUGGUUCCUAGCAAGUGCAGUUCUAGCAAGAGAAAGUUCAGCGACUCUUUUGAUCCUGAAUUGAUGUCAGAUUACUUGAAAAAGCUGACAACCGAUGCCUCAGAUUCUGAAGUUUGCAAGACCUCUGAUAGAAGCAGCAGAUUUGAGUGUACUACCUGUAGCAAGGUGUUCCACUCUUACCAAGCUUUAGGAGGCCAUAGAGCUAGCCACAAAAAGACUAAAGGUUGCUUUGCUUCAAGAAUUGACAGCAGUGAAAACAGCAUUGAAACUGAACUACCUCCUGUCCCAACAGGAGAUAGUAAGCUCAUCAAAUCCAUCAAAAAUGAGAUUUCUGCUGAUCACUUGGCCCUAGAUUGUGACAACAAAGCUGAGACAAGUUAUAGAGCAAAGAACAGUAAAGGACAUGAGUGCCCUGUUUGUCUCAAGGUGUUCCCAUCAGGCCAAGCAUUGGGUGGUCACAAGAGGUCUCACUUAGUGGGAGGUACUAAGGCUAAAAACAACCAAACCAUUGCAACUCAAGAACCAAUUCCAUCCGUUAGAGACUUCCCUGAUCUUAAUCUUCCUGCUCCUGUUGAAGAAGAGAACAAUGGGCUUGUGGGGUUUAAUCCAUGGUGGAUUGGAAGCAACCACAAGCAUGAACCCCUUGUAGGUUUGAUCUCUAAUUGAGUUCUCUAAUCUAGGCUAUGCAUGGUUAAUUUUCAAUAAAAAGGGAUUCAAGAGUGUACAGAUUCAUUUAUUCUUUUAAAGAUUCAGAAAGAAAUUAGCCAAGGUGUUGCUCUUAGUAGCCUUUUACUUGCGCCUACUUCACAUUCCAAUCCCACAAAAUCAAAUGUUAAACCCUCUUUUUCUUCA